ACCUUAAUAAUAUCCUCCACCUUAACGACCUCUUCCCUUCUUUAUUUAUCCUCUCUUCCUUUCUUCUUUUUGCAUUCUCCAUAGCUAUAAGAGCCAUUGUUUUCCUCUCAAAGAAACCUUCAAUUUUCGAUGCAGAAACCACUAUUGUUUCCCAGUUUCUUCUCUUGAAUUAAAUGAAACCCUAAAAGAAUGAGCAACAUAAGCUUGGUGGAGGCCAAGUUGCCGCCGGGGUUCAGGUUCCACCCUCGAGACGAAGAACUCGUCUGCGAUUACUUGAUGAAGAAGGUGGGUUCCACCGAUACCUCGCAACUUAUGAUCGAAGUCGACCUCAACAAGUGCGAGCCAUGGGAUAUUCCCGAAACGGCAGCAGUGGGAGGGAAAGAGUGGUAUUUUUACAGCAAAAGAGAUAGAAAGUAUGCAACGGGGGUGAGAACAAACAGGGCAACGUGCAGUGGAUACUGGAAGGCAACAGGAAAAGACGGGGGAAUCCAUAGCAAAGGGAAGCUUGUUGGGAUGAGAAAAACGUUGGUGUUCUACCAAGGCAGGGCUCCCAAAGGCACUAAAACUGAUUGGGUCAUGCAUGAAUUCAGGCUUCAACAUCUCCUUUCACCUCCCACCAUAUCCACUCUCGAGGAAGAUUGGGUUUUAUGUCGAGUGAUCCACAAAACCAGAGACACAACCAUUACCACUAACCCUAGAAGCAUGGAGAUAUGUUCGGACGACACAAGCUCAUCAUCUCUCCCACCAUUGAUGGAUCCUUACACAAUUACUUACCAAACUCGACCGAGCUCCGACAAGCAAGUGCCCUGCUUCUCCACCAUGUUGUCCACCAAAAAACAAAGCUUCAACGACAUGCAAGCACCAUAUAUGCAUGCAAAAACCCUAACAUCGUCAUCUUCUUCAUCAGUCGAACAACAACAACAACAAAGGAUCUCGAGAGUCAUUGAAAACAACAUUACUUCUUGUUUAGACUCAUUCUCCAAUGAUAAGACAAUCAUUAAAGAUGUGUUGAGCAAUCUUAGUCAGUUAGACACUUAUUUGAACGUCAAAGAAUCAACGUGCUUCGAUGAAGUUGGUCAUUCAGAUCAAAGCUACUUGUCUGGAAUGUGGGAUUGUCCAACAUUUGGAAUUAAUUGAUUAUUAAUGAUUUGAUGAUUAGGGCUUACGGUUUAUUAUUGUUUGUAAAGAAAAUUAAACUGAUUUGGGGUAUCAUCAAGGUCUCCGUUUCUUUAAACAUUAUUUAA